AUGCGUGAGGUGAUUUCCAUUCACAUCGGCCAGGCUGGAGUACAGAUUGGUAAUGCUUGCUGGGAGCUGUACUGUCUAGAACAUGGAAUCCAGCCUGAUGGCCAAAUGCCGUCAGAUAAAUCGCUCGGAGGUUGCGAUGACUCGUUCUCGACGUUCUUCUCCGAGACCGGCAGUGGUCGCCAUGUCCCACGAGCGGUGAUGAUCGAUCUUGAACCCACCGUCAUCGAUGAGAUUCGCACCGGGACCUACCGAUCACUGUUCCAUCCAGAACAACUCAUCACCGGCAAAGAAGACGCCGCAAACAACUAUGCUCGAGGACACUAUACCAUCGGAAAGGAGAUCAUCGACCUCACAUUGGAUCGUAUCCGGCGUCUAGCUGACAACUGCACCGGACUCCAGGGUUUCCUUGUGUUCCAUUCGUUCGGUGGCGGUACUGGCUCUGGAUUCACAUCACUUCUCAUGGAAAGGCUCUCAGUUGAUUAUGGAAAAAAGGCAAAGCUCGAAUUCUCCGUCUACCCAGCUCCACAGGUGUCGACAGCCGUUGUCGAGCCAUACAACUCAAUUCUGACUACACAUACCACACUCGAGCACUCGGAUUGCUCAUUUAUGGUCGAUAAUGAGAUGGUAAAAUGCGAUCCACGACAUGGGAAAUAUAUGGCCGUAUGCCUAUUGUUCCGUGGUGACGUGGUACCAAAAGAUGUUAACGCUGCCAUUGCCACUAUCAAGACGAAACGCUCGAUUCAAUUCGUCGACUGGUGUCCCACUGGUUUCAAGGUCGGAAUCAAUUAUCAACCACCGACGGUUGUGCCAGGUGGCGAUCUUGCCAAGGUACCACGUGCUGUCUGCAUGCUGUCAAACACGACGGCCAUCGCCGAAGCUUGGGCUAGACUCGAUCACAAAUUCGAUUUAAUGUAUGCCAAAAGGGCAUUCGUGCAUUGGUACGUAGGUGAAGGUAUGGAAGAAGGAGAGUUUUCGGAAGCACGUGAAGAUCUAGCAGCUUUGGAAAAAGACUAUGAAGAGGUUGGCGUCGACUCCCUCGAAGACAAUGGUGAAGAAGGCGAUGAGUAUUAA